AUGGCGUUUGUCAAGGAGCUGCUCGUGGGGUCACUGAAGGGGCUGGUAGAAGCUGAACUAAAGGAGUUUCACUGGCGCCUAAUGAAUACAUAUCAUAAGCAUAUAACAAAGUCUGAAUUGGAGAAGGCAGAUAUAUUUGACACAGUAGAUAAGAUGGUGGUGUGUUUUGGACCAGAAGAAGCUGUGGAGGUCAUGGUAGAUAUCCUGAGAAAGAUGAACCAAAAUGAUCUGGCUGAACAGUUGGUGAAAGAACACACGCAAGCUCAGACGGAGGGCAAUAUGAAUAUAUCUGCUGCUGUUGGAGCAGCAGCCAAUCUGAUUCCUCCUCAGUAUGUAGGUUUGUUCACAGAGGUUCGAGGAUUUACUGACCAACAGAAGGAGCAGUACUUCACAAAGAGGAUGAAAGAUCAAAGUCUGUCCUCCAGAAUCAUCUCACACAUUAAGACGUCGCGUAGUCUCUACAUCAUGUGCCACAUUCCUGUAUUCUGCUGGAUCACAGCCACAGUACUUCAGGAUAUUCUCACAGAGAACAAUGAAGAGAACAUAAGCACAACACUCACUGAAAUGUACAUUGACUUUUUGCUAAUACUGUUGGAUAUGAAGAACCAGAAAUUCGAUGAACAAGAUGAAAGAGAAUGUUCAGAGCACUUAAAAUUAAAUAGAGAAAUCAUUUUGAAGUUAGCCAAGCUAGCAUUCGAACAGCUGAAGAAGGAAAACAUUGUGUUCUAUAAGGAAGAUUUAAAAGCAUGUGGUAUUAAUGCGAGUAAAGAAACUGAGUUCACAGGAAUGAUCGCUGAGAUUUUUAAAAGGGAACGCAGACUUCAUGGAGCAAAGGUUUUCACCUUUGUGCAUCUGAGUGUUCAAGAGUUCUUCGCUGCAGUCCACGUGUUCCUCUGUUAUCUGAACAAGAACAUACAAGAGCUUCAGUUUUUCUUUGAUGGGCCAGAAGAAAAUGUCACAUUAGAGAAGUUACUACAGAAGGCCAUUGAAAAAGCCAUGAAGAGUCAGAGAGGACAUCUGGAUCUGUUCCUGCGGUUUCUGUUGGGCAUUUCACUGAAAUCCAGUCAAAUCCUGCUUAAGGGCCUGAUCACACACACUGAAGACACUACAGAGAGCAUCAUGAGAAUAAGUGAAUACAUUAAACAAAAACACAACAAAGAAGGUGCUGGACGAGUUCAACCCAAGAGGUUCACAUCAAAACAAGCAGACUACAAGAGACUCAUUCCAGCUGUGAGAUGCUGCAGAAAAGCCCUAUUUGACGGCUGUGGUCUUGAUGAAACAUGCUGUGAAACUGUUUCUUCAGCUCUACAAUCACCUAAAUCUCAUCUAACAGAGCUGGACCUGAGCAGCAAUCACCUGCAGGAUUCAGGAGUGAAGCUGCUUUCUGAUGGACUGAAGAGUCCACACUGUCAUCUGAACAUACUGAGGCUGUGUGGCUGUAAUGUCACUUUUCAUUCCUGUGAAAGUUUGUCCUUAGCCCUACAAUCCUUAAACUGUGUCCUGAGUGAGCUGGACCUGAGUAACAAUGACCUGCAGGAUUCAGGAGUGAUGCUGCUUUCUGAAGGACUGAAGAGUCCAAACUCAAAGCUGGAGAUUUUAAGAUUUUGCAUAUGUAAUCUCACUGCACAGUCUUGUGGGAGUUUAUCGUCAGUUUUACAAUCCUCAAACUCUGUUCUGAGAGAACUGGACCUGAGUAACAAUGACCUACAGGAUUCAGGAGUAAAGCUUCUUUCUGAAGGACUGAAGAGUCCAAACUCCAAGCUGGAGACACUGAGGUUGUCUGGCUGUAUGCUGACAGAGAAAGGCUGUGGUUAUGUGUCUUUAGCUCUGACUUCAAACCCCUCACACCUGAGAGAGCUGGAUCUAAGCUACAAUCAUCCUGGAGAUUCAGGAGUGAAGCUGCUCUCUGAAAAACUGGAGGAUCCAAACUGCUCUCUGAACAAAUACAAUGUGGACCAUGGAGGAGAAUCCAGGAUUACAGCAGGACUGAAGAAAUAUGAGUGUUUUUUCACACUGGAUCCAAACACAGCACACACUAAACUCAGUCUGUCUGAGGAGAACAGAGAGGUGACAGGUGUGUCUCAGUCUCAGUCGUAUCCUGAUCAUCCAGACAGAUUUGAUUGUGUGCCUCAGGUGUUGUGUCGAGAGAGUGUGUGUGGACGCUGUUACUGGGAGACCGAGUGGAGCAGAGAUACUGUGUCUGUAUCAGUGUCAUAUAAGAACAUCAGCAGGAAGGGAGAGGGUGCAGAGUGUGUGUUUGGACGUAAUGAUCAGUCCUGGAGUUUGCGCUGCACUCCUCACAGAUACUCAUUCAGACACAAUAACAUAAUGACUGAUCUCUCUGUGAAGCCCAUCAGCAUCAGCAGAAGAACAGGAGUGUAUGAUGAUAUCUAUAAAGUAGGGGUGUAUGUGGAUGAGAGCGCAGGAACUCUGUCCUUCUACAACAUCUCUGACACAAUGACACAUUUACACACAGUCCAGACCACAUUCACUCAGACCCUCUGUCCUGGGUUUUAUCUUUAUUAUUCUGGCUCAUCAGUGAAACUGUGUCGAUGAAUCAGAAGAGACUGAGCAGAGUUGUAGGGAAUCGGUGUGAAUUAGACAAUCAGGGUCGAGUUCCACAAAGAGGCUUGCAACAUUAACACAAACAUUUCAAUUCAGGAAGAAGAUUUUCACUUUUAGGCCAAGUAACCAAGAUUCAUGGUCAAAAACACAGCACAUCAUCAACAUAACAUGGGUAAAAUAAUAAAAAAGAAUCUGUUGGAUGCAUCUCCAUCCCCCCACUCAGAACACAGAACUUUUAACCUUUGGUUUGCACAGAACUAAUUUUGUUUUCAUCCACAUGCAUGCUCAAAAUCAUCUUAAAAAGACUUUAAUCACUUAUAUGCAUAACUGCAUAUUAUAUGUAACCCACAUGUUUAACUAUCACAUGCUAAUCGCUAAUUGUUAAUGUAUUUGGAAUAACUACACGCAUAACAAACUAUUGUUUGGUAUGCGUGAUCUUCAAUUUCCCACCUUUGAAAUGUUUUUUCCAACCAAUCCUUGGCCAAAUGUAUCAUAUUCGUGUUCUAGAAAUCAUGUCCAAUAUUGUACUCUGCAAGAGCACAUAUUUAUGACAGACUCUUAUUGCUACGGAAAAAGGCUAGGAUAUAUGUUGUUUCUCCUCUUGCUCUUUGAUUGAAAAUCACAACCAAAAAUUGACACUAUGGUAUCUUAUCAGAAUUUUAUUUUCGGGACUGUUUUUUCUGAUUAGUGUUGCAGUUAAAAGUCACCAAGUGCAACCAUUUGACAUCAUUGACACAGAAUGUACUGUGCACUGUACUGUAAAAUAAUGGCGACCCAUAGUCCAGAAAUAGCUGUCAAUCUUUUAAAUAACAUACAUCUUUCAUGGGUUUCUAUUACACGUUUCAGUAAGAGACAUCAUUUAUGUUUUAUUAGGCUAUCAAUGUCUUAACACGCAGGGAUCCCUUCAAUCUUAACCUCAUUGAGGAACUCAAUGUGAGGGUUAAUCAUGUGAUUGAUGGUUGUUCAGGUCUAUGCAAUUUCCCACAUUGCUGUAAACUUGGGAUUUCACAUUUUCAUUCUCUUGAACACACUUUCUCUCUGUUCCUUCAACUCAUAUGAAUGAGUGUGUUUAUGUGUUAGUUUAUGUGUCUUAUCCAAUAAAGCCAUAUUUAUAU